AUGUCUGCGAACGGCUCGGCCGCCGCCGAAUCGCGGCUCUGCCACGUGCGAAAAGUCCCGGAUUUCGACGGCUACGGAUUUAAUUUGCAUGCAGAGAAAGGAAAACCCGGCCAGUACAUCGGCAAGGUGGAUGAUGGAUCACCCGCAGAAAAGGCCGGGUUGCGACGCGGCGACCGCAUCCUUGAAGUAAACGGACACAGUAUCGCGGGCGAGACGCACAAACAAGUAGUAGCUCGCAUCAAGGAGCGCUCGGAUGAUGCUGAAUUGUUGGUAGUGGCCCCGGCGCCGGGAGAACCAGUUCCCGACUUAGACGCGCCCGAACAGAAACAAGCCAAUAACGUAUCCACCGAGUCGACGUCGACUACUGGUUCCACAGGCUCCGAUAGAACGGAUGGUGCUUCACCAGAACCGCCGCGUCUGAAUUUACAGAUGACAGCGGCGGAGAUGCGUGCUUUCCUAGCUGCUAAGAAGAAAGUGGACCCAAAAAAGGUGCCGAUGGAUCUCAAAUCCAAGUUCGAUAUCGUUAAGAAGUUGUGA